GUUGACAGCUGCUGUCAAAUCACACACGAAUAAACACAUUUCAAGCAAAUCACACGUGCGGAUUUUAUUGAGUCUAUGGAUCAAACUGUUGAUUAUUAGGGAGCACCGAAUGUUGGUUUCAAUUCACAAAGGAUAGUGUGUAAUUGUGCAAAUAAGUUGAUAAUAGCUCGUUGGAUUUUGCCGAAAAUAUGUCGGAUCAAAACGAUAGUGAUGGAGAGGACUAUAAUCCAAAGGCACACAAGAAAUUGUUAGCCGGUGUAUCGUCGCUGCAUAAGGGCCAGUUCAUUAAGACAGCAACACGAGAUGAGCCAGUACUCAAAAGAGACGAAUUUAAUCUGGUGAAACCGGCCGCAAGCAGUGACAAACCGACGAAAAAGGCCAAAGUCGAUGUGAAUGACCUGGUGAAUGUACUAGAUAAAACCAGUAAACAUCUCCAAUUGGGCAAAGCGCUCAAGAAAACCGCUGAUAAGAAGAAAGUUUUGCCAGUGCCACUGCAAAAACCAGCCGCGGAAAAACUUCAACGCGCCAUCAACUAUGAAAAGACCAAGGAAAAACUUGAGCGUUGGGAUGCGGUUGUAGCGAAAAAUCGAUCCGCUGAUCAUUUGUCGUUCCCGUUGCAUCAAGAAGCCAAUGACCUAAAGUUGAAAGAUAACGUGCAGGUGCCAUCCAAAUUCCGCGUCAAAUCGGAAAUGAUGCUUGAGAUGGAGAAAAUCGAACCGGAAGUCUUUCAAAUUGGCAAACCGCAGGAAGAAGAUGAGGAAGAGGAGCCAAAAUUGACGCGUGAAGAAUUGAUUGAGCGUUCACGUGAAUUACGUCAAUUACGAAUUAAAGAAUCACAACGAAGUAUCAAGGCUUAUCAUCAGAAUAAAAUCAAGAGUAAAAAGUACCAUCGAAUUUUGAAGAAAGAGAAAAUGCGGCAGCAAAUCAAAGAGUUUGAAUUGCUGCAAAAAACUGAUCCAGAGGCGGCACUUCGUAAAAUCGAACAGUUGGACCGUAGUCGAAUCGAAGAAAGAGGGUUGCUUCGCCAUCGUAACACCGGCACUUGGGCAAAAAAUCUUGCCGUUCGCGCAAAAUACGAUAAAGAUGCUCGUAAAGAUCUUGCUGAACAGAUUGCGAUUAGCCGUGAACUGACGGCAAAGAAGAAUAUUGAUGAAUCAGACGAUGAAGCUGAAGAGGCAAUGGCUGAUGUUAGUGAUGCCGAUGAUCCAUUCAAUCCAUGGUUGACAGCUGGCAAAGCGAAUGGCGCCGGUAACAAUGAAAUCGGCGAAUUUAUGAGCGGCUAUCGCAAAUAUUGGCAAGAGCGUAAUGAAAAUGAGAAGGAAUUGGCUGAUUAUAAGGCAAGUGAUGUGCCAGAAAACGAUAGGGAUGAAGAAACACUGGCAGAAAAUAGCAAUAGCGAAGAAGAGGCAGAUGAAGAGAUUUCAAGUGAAAAGACUAAAAUUUCUAGUAAGAAAACGAAAAGCGCUAGGCUCAAAACAAAAUUAGGUAAAAAAUCUAAAGUGAACGCUGGCUGGAUCGAAGAAGACAUAUCCGAAGCGUCAAAACCAAUUACGAAAAAGAAGAAGAAAGAAAAAUUAGGCAAAAAAGAGAAGAAGAAAGCGCAAAUAGUUGAUAAUAUUGAUGAUUUGUUCGAUGAUGCCGAGGAUGCGCUCAGAGAAAAGGGUCGGAAAGUGUACGAAAAAGUGAAGUCAAACUUGGCAGCAAGGAAAAAUAACAAGAAGAAGACAACAACGACGGAGGAGAGUGAUGAUGGAGCGGAAAAUGAGAGCGAACGAAUUGAUUUGCGUUUCAAAAAACAAAAUCAGCGUGCACAGGAAGAUGAAGCAUUGAAUGGCGAUGGUGAUGACAGCGAAAAUUUGUUGUCCAAACGAAUCACAAAUGCACUUAAUUCAAUUACGUCAAAUGGCCGUUCGGGGACACAAGCGACUAAUGGAAAUUAUGAGUCGGAGAACAUAAAUCCAAAUGAUAUUGCUAAAGUGAAACCGCAACAUUUAUCCACCGCAUUGCCAGACACUGUGUACAGUGUCGCCGAUGACGGCUAUAAUGAGUAUGACGAUGACUAUCAUUUCGAUGAGGAGAAAAAGAUGACCAUUGCCGAGGCGUUCGAAGAUGAUGACAUUGUGGCGGAGUUCAAGCGUGAAAAAGACGAAGAGGCGAAAAAGAAUGACACACAAGAAAUCGAUUUGUCAAUGCCGGGAUGGGGCUCAUGGGGUGGCACCGGUAUCGAUCCAACCAAACAGAAAACCAAACGCAAAUUGGUGUUACGUUUCCCAGCACCAGAAAAACGACGUGUCGAUAAUCAGGGUAAUCUAGUCAUCAUCGAGAAUCGAGACGAAAAACUGCAAAAGCAUCUGGUAGCAAACUUACCAUUCCCAUUCACAAGUGUUGAUGAUUACGAGAAGUCGAUUCGUGUUCCGAUCGGCAAAGAUUUCGUACCGGCCACAGCGAAUCGAGUACUCACUAAACCAGCAGUCAUCACAAAGGCCGGCACAAUCAUUGAACCAAUGAACGAAAAUCAAUUGGUCAACAAACAGAAGAAACGACCCACGAAAACCGAUCGACGUAUCGCCAAAAUAGUAACAUAGCUAUGCGAUAUAAUCAUUCUUUUCGAGAAACAUUUAAUAAAAACAACAGUUAUAUUUUUAAUUAAUUGAAAA